AUUAUUAACAUUUAGAGUUUUGUUCGCAUUAGGAUAUCCCUUUAAACGUUUAUAAGGGGAGAAAAACACCGAAACAUGCUUGUGUUUAAAAUCAGUGACACAGUAACCUAACGGAGUAGACACAGUCUCCAGAGCUCUGGUUUGUGGCUAAUGGUUAAGCGAUAACUCUGGGAGAGACUUGAAAACGCCCACUAGAUACUUUGAACUCGACACCAAAUACACACCGUUACCGGCUGAGAUUUCACAAGUCUAACGGUCUCUCCAGAAUGGAUGUGUUAGCAGUUCCCCAAAAGAGAGAAGAGGGAUGGUACUUGUCUCUUAUGGCACCAAACACAAAGGGUCCAAAGUUUGCAUGGCUUGAUCCAUCAAGACUCUAUUGCAAUCCACAGGCACUGUCAGAUUGCGUAAAAGAUCUUCUCAAACCAUUCAAGAAUGCGACCAUUGACCUGGUAGCUGGAAUAGAUGCCAUGGGCUUCAUCCUUGGGUCAGCUACGGCCAUAACUUUAGGAAAAGGAUUUUUGGCCAUUCGAAAAGCAGGACACUUAUGUGUUCAAACUCGCACUCAGGACUACAGCGACUACUCUGGACGAAAGAAACUGAUGGAAGUGCGUGUUGAUGUGUUAAAGCCAGGUCUACGGGUUCUUAUAGUUGACCAGUGGAUUGAGACUGGAGGAACUAUGAGAGCAGCUAUCAAACUGGUGGAGAAUCAAGGAGCUACUGUCGUAGGUAUUGCUGCUGUGGCCAUUGAAAACAGUGAGGGAGGAAAGUGGCUAAAGGAAAACUAUAAAUAUUCCCACUGCAUUCCAAAUGAGCUGCAAUCUCAGAUUGACAAUCAAUACUUGGAGUGUUUUGAGAAAUUUAGUGGCUAAAUAUGAAGAAAUCAGGGAGAAAAAAUCAAUCGGCCCUUGAAUCAGCUGCAGUUUGUGACAUGUAUUAUUGUAUGUGAAGAGGUAUGAAUCUUGUGAGGACUGAUCUCUCUAAGCUUGAAUGAAUUUCAGUACAUUUGUCAUGUUUUAAAAAUAAUUUGUCAAAUUGGUCAUAAACAUGUCUGUUUUUGUUGUUGUUACACUAAAAUACCAAUAGA